AUUAAAUUUUAUAUUAUGAAAAUGAAGUUACCUACGGUUAUCGUGUUCUUUGGCUUAAUUAUGGAAUUAGUGGAAUUUAAUGAAACCUACAAAAUUAAGCCAUAUUCAUAUUAUAAUCCUCCUCCAUGGCAACGCCCACGAUGGCAUUCGUUUCCAAAACAUCGAAAACAUUAUCAUCCCAAAAGAAUAUUAGCGAACAAGUAUCAUCGUUAUGAACCAGACUAUCACAGAUAUGCACCGUAUCAUGAGGAUGCGUUAGAUACAUCUGACCAAGAUAAACCUUUUGUUAUAGUCAUACAACUUCCGCAUAAAAGCGAAAAAAAGAAAUAUGAUUUCUAUCAGCGAAAGCAUAUCAUAGACCCUCCGCAAAAUAAUGAUUAUGAUGAUGAUGAUGAUGAGGAUUAAAAAAUUACAAUUCUGAAAUUAUCCCAUCAUCAUGUAAUAAUGGCAAGGAUAACGAAGAAAAUGGAAAUUAGAAGCAGGAUGAUUUGGCAUUAUACUUAAUUAUACUACACGUUUUUCAACGUAAUUUUUAUUUCUAACGUAAUAGUCAACGAACAUACUGUAAUCAUAAAUAAUAAUUACAUACAAUGUCGUCGUGAUGUUGAUGUGUCGCUGCUGCAGUUCAUCUUACGCGAUUUCAUUUAUUUUCUUGACAUAACGUCAACAAAGAUCACUCAAACAGAUUCUUUCUUUAGGCUCUUGUCUACGUCGGAAAAUAGAACAGUCUUGCAAACAUAAGAAUUUUCUGUAUGCGCAAUUUAGAGAGUUCUAAAAUUAAUUCUAAAAGUAAUUUAACAAAUCUAAUAUUAAUAAAAUUUUAAAUAUU